AUGUCGAAAGAAACACCAGCAGAUAUGGACAACAACCUGUUGUCGCCCACCACGACCAGACGGAGUGCAUCCAGGGCGAGCACAACACGGAGGUUGUCGAGCCAAAGUGCUACCAGAGCCGAUCUAUUCGGAGGCCCAACGGUCGUUGCUCCUCCCAAACAUCUGGAAAGCCGGAGCAAUGCCCACGAGACUGCCCACGCCAUGGAAUUGGCCAAGCACCAUCUCGCAGCAGGAUCAGGGGAGACCACUCCAGAUGAUUCUGCACCUGCCACUCCUGAUGGCUCUGGUCUUGACACUACCGAUAAAUAUGCCUUUGCCUUUGAUAUCGACGGCGUCCUGAUCAAGGGAGGCGAGGUGAUCCCUGAGGCUAUCGAGGCCAUGAAGGUUCUCAAUGGCCAGAACGAAUACGGCGUCAAAGUACCCUACAUUUUCGUAACCAAUGGAGGUGGCAAGACCGAGGAAGAUCGAUGCAUCCAGCUCUCGAACCAGUUGGAGAUGGAAGUGUCUCCCGGACAGUUUAUCUGUGGCCAUACACCUAUGCGGGAACUGGCAGAGAAAUAUAAUUCUGUACUGGUCGUGGGAGGUGAGGGUGAAAAGUGUAGAGAAGUUGCCUUGGGUUAUGGCUUCAAGGAUGUGAUCACUCCUGGAGACAUCAUCAAAGACAACCAGGAUACAACACCGUUCAGGAAGUUGACCGAGGAGGAACUCACCAAUUCAAAAUUGCGAAAUUAUGGAGAAGUCGACAUCGAAGCCGUCUUUGUGUUCGCCGACAGUAGAGACUGGGCCGGCGAUUCACAGAUCAUCCUCGAUUUGUGUAUGAGCAAAAAUGGUCGUCUGGGUACCCGAUCCGAGACCUUCGAUGAAGGGCCACCUGUGUUCUUCUCCCAUAAUGACAUCGUCUGGGCCACAUCUCACUCUUAUUCACGGAUCGGGAUGGGAGCGUUACGCGCUUCGCUUGAAGCCAUGUUCCGAGCCAUUACUGGCAAAGACAUGAAGACGAUUGCUUUUGGUAAGCCCCAACUAGGCACCUUCCAGUUCGCCACGAGACUGUUGCAGCAAUGGCGGAAAGACACACAUGGCAUCAACAAACCAUUGGACACGGUGUACUUUGUUGGUGACACGCCCGAGUCAGAUAUCCGUGGCACCAACGAAUUCGAUGAAUCUGGUAAGGCUGAGACCAAUUGGUACUCCAUCCUUGUUCGGACUGGUGUAUUCCAAGAAGGCACCCGUCCAGCAUAUAUGCCAAAGAUGACGGUGGAUAAUGUGCUCGAGGCCGUCAAGCAUGGCAUGCAACGCGAGUUCGACAAAAGUCUCAAAGAUCUCACGAUUGGCGGCAAGGCACCCCAGUUGGCAAAUGCUAUCGCUGAGGAUGUUGCAGAGGAGUCUUGA